CUUUAAGUUCUGGUUUAAAAAACCUUUUCUCCUCCCCAUUACUGUUUUUAAGGAUUUGGUGAAAAUUCACAAGAAUCUAACACAGGACAUCAAUGAUUCGAUUGUUAACAAAAAUGAUCAGAACCUAUAUCAAAUUUUUAUUAAUUACAAACAAAGAUUGGUUAUUUAUGGACAGUACUGCAGUCAAGUGGAGAUAGCAAUAUCAUGCUUAGACAACAUCUCUAAGACAAAAGAAGAUGUUAAAUUGAAGUUAGAGGAAUGUUCAAAGAGGGCCAAUAAUGGGAAAUUCACAUUACGGGAUCUUUUAGUGGUUCCAAUGCAGAGAGUGCUAAAAUACCACCUACUGCUCCAGGAGCUUGUAAAGCACACUACUGAUCCCAUGGAAAAGGCAAAUCUGAAACUGGCACUUGAUGCAAUGAAGGACUUGGCUCAAUAUGUAAAUGAAGUGAAGAGGGAUAAUGAAACACUCCGUGAAAUUAGACAGUUUCAACUAUCAAUAGAGAAUCUGAAUCAUUCCCUCUUACAGUAUGGAAGACCUCAAGGUGAUGGGGAAAUAAGGAUAACCACAUUAGACAAACGUGCGAGGCAAGACAGGCACAUCUUCUUGUUUGAUCUAGCUGUAAUUGUUUGCAAACGGAGAGGUGAUAAUUAUGAAAUGAAGGAAAUAAUAGAUCUUCAGAAAUACAAAAUUACAAAUAACCCCACUACUGAUAAAGAAAAUAAGAAGUGGUCUUAUGGCUUCUACCUCAUUCAUAUCCAAGGUGAAAAUGGUUUAGAAGUUUAUUGCAAAACUAAAGACUUGAAGAAAAAAUGGCUUGAACAGUUUCAGAUGGCUCUAUCAAAUAUACGGCCAGACUAUGCAGAUACAAGCUUUCAUGAGUUCAAAAUGCAUACCUUCAGUCGUGUGACGUCUUGCAAAGUCUGUCAGAUGCUUCUGAGGGGAACAUUUUAUCAAGGCUAUUUAUGUUCUAAGUGUGGAGCUGGAGCACACAAAGAAUGUUUAGGAAGAUUAGACAAUUGUGGCAGGGCUAAUUCAGGUGAACACGGGAACCUGAAACACGAGAAAAGAACAAAUGGAAUUAGAAGAAAUUCUAGACACGUGGACCCAGGUUUACCAAAAAUGCAAGUAAUUCGAAACUACAAUGGAAUACCACAGCCAGCAACCCAAGAUGGUCCACCAUUGCAUAUUCAGAUUGGUGACACUAUUGAACUAAUUAGAGGAGAUGCACAUAGCUUAUUUUGGCAGGGCAGAAAUCUAACAACAGGAGAGCUUGGAUUCUUCCCAAGUGAUGCAGUAAAGCCUAGCCCAUGUGUUCCUAAACCAGUAGACUACUCUUCACAACUGUGGUUUGCAGGAGCAAUGGAAAGAUUGCAAGCAGAAAGUGAACUUAUUAACAGAGUAAAUAGCACUUACUUGGUACGGCACAGGACCAAGGAGUCAGGAGAAUAUGCAAUUAGUAUUAAGUACAAUAAUGAAGUGAAGCACAUCAAGAUUUUAACAAGAGAUGGCUUUUUCCACAUUGCAGAAAACAGAAAAUUUAAAACUUUAAUGGAACUUGUGGAAUACUAUAAGCACCACUCUCUCAAAGAAGGCUUUCGAAGUUUGGAUACUACUCUUCAUAGCCUUCAAUUAACAAACCCUAAUAGUAUCAACAUCUGUUUCAUUUCAGUGCUAAGCCCAAAGGUGAUAGGCAUUGCCAUAGCCAGGUAUGACUUCUGUGCAAGAGACAUGAGAGAACUAUCCUUGCUAAAAGGGGAUGUUGUGAAAAUUUAUACCAAGAUGAGCGCAAAUGGCUGGUGGAGAGGUGAAGUAAACGGAAGGGUGGGCUGGUUUCCAUCAACUUAUGUAGAAGAGGACGAAUGAAUUAACUUUCCUCUGCUGACCAGCAAUUUCAGGGAUUGUAAAAUUUAAUAUCUUCAAAGUAUUAUUGGUCUUGUUAAGUAUUUAAGGAGCAGCAUUUUUUGUCUGUCUGAACCUUACAGUCUCAAUGUUGGGAUUUAUACAGAAGUCUGUGCUGACAGAUUAUUACCUUGCCCAGAGCUGUGCAAGAAACAACCUGCUGGUUUGCCAUCACUGGGGAUCAGUACAAAGUCCAACCCUUACCUUCCUGCAAGAUCUUUGGAAAACAAAUUUCUUUAUGCUCCUUUUCAUUUCACCCUGUACUACACCAUAAAAUACUAGCUAUGGCUGAAUAUUUAAUAAGUCUCUUUUCUUCUAGCUAACAUCUGUGAUUGUACAAGAAGAUGAAGGCUUAUUAUUCCUUAUCACUGCAUGCAGAAAACAGAGUUCAGUCAUUCCAGUGGGCUAUAAAGUAUAGUCAAUAGACUUGUCUUGAGACAUCAAACUACUUUACUUAUCACCUUACAAACAGUUUUACACUCACAAAAACAAUCUGAAGGAAAUAUGUAGCAAACAUGAGUAAUAUUAAUGCAUAUAUAGUUAGUUGACUGACUACUUUGAGGUCCUGCCUAAAUCUUCUACGAAUUUGUUUAAAGACAACAUCUUAAAAGUAUGUAGUGAUGUAGUACUGCUUAAAAAAACACCCGCAAAGUGAAAGUGUGGGAUCCGUUCUUUGUUAUCCCAAG